AUGGAAGUUGGCUUACUUAAAGUGCUAAGACAGUCAUCACCUGGCGUGCUUGUGGCGAGUGGUGACCGCACUGCUUGUAUACAUGACGGAUGUCUUAAACCUACAUGGGUGGAGAUUGUUUUCGAAAAGAUUUGCACUGCCAGACGUCGAAGAAAAUCUUUAAAUGAAAUUUACGGUGGAUGGAAAUCGAUGCUCAGUUUGUAG